AUGACAUUUCAGGCUGGUGAGCAAUUCCUUCUAAAAGUGACACCCAUAAAGGGGGCGAUGAGAUUUAGUAAUAAGGGCAAGCUUAGUCCUCGAUACAUUGGUCCAUUUGAGGUUCUUGACUGUGUAGGGCUAGUGGCUUAUAGGUUGGCUUUACUACCUUGCCUCUCUGGAGUUCAUCUGGUGUUUCAUGUGUCCAUGUGGAAGAACUAUCAUAGGAGCGGAGAUUACAUCAUAAAGUGGGACUCAAUGUUGUUACUUAAGGACCUUCGGUAUGAGAGGGAACCGAUUAUAAUUCUAGAUCGUGAUGUCCGAAAGCUAAGGACCAAUGAGAUUAAGUCCGUGAAAUUCCAAUGGAAGCAUCUUCCAAUGGAGGAAUUUACUUGGGUAACCGAGAAGGACAUUCGAGACAAGUAUCCCAGUUGGUCGACGAUUCAGAUGGCAAGGACUAGAGCCACUGUUGUUGGUGGUAGAGGGGAGGUAAUCCCUGAGAUGGUUAUUGAGGCACCAACUUAG